AUUUUGAUAUACACAGUAGGCUAACUGGCUAAUAACUAAGAAUGCCUCUAAUAAAUACCGAACGACGAUGCUAGUAUCGACAUCAGUGACUUGUUCUACACCGAACCAACAACCCACUCCAACUAAGAAUCAUGCAGUUCCUCAUCUUGGCCGCCUUAAUCGCUGUAGCUGUGGCUGAGACUGCGUAUCCGGCCUAUCCUUCAAACUCCGCCGCCUACGACAAACCUUCUGAUGAUUACGCCCCUCAGCCCUACAGCUACUCUUACGCUGUUAAGGAUGAAGCUUCCUACAACGAUUAUUCCCACUCAGAGAGCAGUGAUGGAAAGGUGGUGACCGGAUCUUACAGUGUCACUCUUCCCGAUGGCCGUACCCAAGUUGUAACUUACAAGGCUGACAGCUACGGAUACGUGGCUGAUGUCAAGUACAUUGGCGAAGCGAAAUAUCCCGAGUACAAGCCAUCAUCUUACAGCCCGUCCUAUGAAUCUCCUUCUUAUCCUACUUCGGAUCCAACCUACUGAAGAAAGCUUCACGAGUCAGAGGAAGAGGCUCGUUUUUUUGUAGGGCCUUUAAAUGUAAAUUAUUGAGACAUUAGCGAAACUUCACUGAAAUCUAUGAGAGAUCUUGUCCGUUAAAGUGAUGGACAACAAUUUUGUAAUCUGAUUCUUUAAAAAAUUGUGGAAUAAAAUGUUUUGCACUGAA